AUGAGCAAAACGAAAGCUCUCCUACAUUGGACAGAGACUGAGCAGGCGAGUGUUGUCGACCUGUCGCUCAUUCGUGAAGAGGACCGCGUCGUCGGAGCUCCGACCGUAGUGAAACAUGGACAAAAAUAUCACAAAGCGAUCGUACGCUUAAUUUCAAGUGAUUCAUUGAAGUUAGAAGAGGCAGAGGAAAAUUUGUGUCUUGAGAUUGAAGAAGCCCUGCAAAAGAAGAAGACGGCAGAGCUGGAAAGUAAGCGAAGGGCUCUCCGCCACAGGAAACCCGCAGCACAGCCUGGAGCGGCUUCGCUCAACCUUGUGGCUUCUGCUCUUGGGGAGAGGUUUAAGCCUACUUCUCAGCAGGCUCCCAAGGUUAAGGAGCUGACCAGUGCCAAGCGGGCAGCCACCAGGGCCCAGAAUAAUGCUCAGGAUGAUGUAGACAGAGAGGCACUGUCAGAAAGUACGCCAAGGAAGCGGUUGUUUUCUGACAAUGUGAACCCACAUGAUGACUAUCUUGAGGACAAUGAUUGUCAAGCCAGUGAUGACGGUAUUGAUUUUCUGGAGGAGAUGGAUAUUGAUGAAACGGAACGCUCAGUUGCAAAUGAACGAUCAGUUACCAAGCCUGAUAGCAAUUGUUGCAGCCAUUGCAAAGACUUGAAGAAAGCAUUGAAUCGGCCGGGGUCAAUGUUUGUGAAAGCUUUGGCUAUUUUUGGCAACAUAGCAACAAGUCCUAAUGUGAAGUAUGCUGAACUGCUCCCUAUACCAGAUGAUAUCCCAAAGUGUGAACUCACCAAGGAUAUGCAGCCCAAAGUCUAUAUCCGGAUUUCAGAUAAGUCUUCAAUUAAAGUCAGUGCUAAAGGUGAUCCAGCCAAAUUAGUGAGACUCACACUGGUUUGUCUCUUUGGGCGUGAAACCUUGCUGAACAAUUAUGUCACCGCUCUUGGCCUAAGACCUGGCACUUUGGGAGUGCGAGAAAAUGUGAGGAACGCUAUGAGAUACACUCACAGUGGCCGCCUUCAAUAA